CUUCCGGAAAGUCCCGGAGCGGUCCGAGUCGGCAGCGUAGGCAGAAGCCGCUGUGCAGGAGCCAUCAUGGUGGACCAGGUCGCGCAGCUGCGGGCCGACGGGAUCGCGAAGCGGCUGGUGCAGGAGGGCCGGGGCCCGAUGCCCGACUACCGCGACGGCACCAAGGCCACUUUCCACUACCGCACCAUGCUGUCCGACGGGGAGCAUCAUGUGCUGGAUGACAGCCGUGCCCGUGGGAAGCCCAUGGAGCUCAUUAUUGGCAAGAAAUUCAAGCUGCCGGUGUGGGAGACCAUCCUGAGCACCAUGCGGGACGGGGAGCAGGCUGAGUUCCUGUGUGACACCAAGCACGUGGUGCUGUACCCGCUGGUGGCGAAGAGCCUGCGGAACAUUGCUGCGGGGAAGGACCCCCUGGAGGGGCAGAGGCACUGCUGCGGCAUCGCCCAGAUGCAUGAGCACCACUCUCUCGGCUACCCUGACCUGGAUGACCUGCAGCAGAACCCCCAGCCCCUGAUCUUCGCUAUCGACAUGCUGAAGGUGGAGGCGCCCGGCUCGUACCGGCAGGACCCGUGGGCCAUGACGGACGAGGAGAAGAUGCAGGCUGUUCCGCUGAUCCACGAGGAGGGCAACGAGCUCUAUCGCCAGGGCAAGGUGACUGAGGCGGCCGCCAAGUACUACGAUGCCAUCGCCUGCCUGAAGAACCUGCAGAUGAAGGAGCAGCCGGGCUCCCCAGACUGGAUGCAGCUGGACCUGAAGAUCACCCCCUUGCUGCUGAACUACUGCCAGUGCAAGCUGCUGUGCCGUGAGUACUACGAGGUGCUGGACCACUGCUCCUCCAUCCUCAAUAAGUAUGAAGACAACGUCAAGGCCUAUUUCAAGCGGGGGAAGGCGCAUGCCGCCGUCUGGAAUACGGCCGAGGCCCAGGCCGACUUUGCCAAGGUGCUGGCGCUGGACCCGUCGCUGGCCCCCGUGGUGGCCAAGGAGCUGCGCAGCAUGGAGACGCGCCUGCGCCAGAAGGACAAUGAGGACAAGAUCCGCUUCAAGGGCAUCUUCUCCCAGUAGCGGCUGUGCCAGCCCCGCGGCCCGGGGAGCAGCAGGGGCUGUGCAGGGUGAGGGGCUGUGCCGGCCCCGCAAGGCCCGGGCUGGAGUGAGCUGGCAGCUCCCGUCUGUCUGUCCGUCUGUGCUUGGCCCCCCUGUGCUCCUAUUCCUCGCUCCCCAUGCUCUGUAGCCAAUAAACUGAUAUUUAUCCAUGG